AGUUCUGUAUUCAAUUUUGCUCUGAGAGAUGAAGUUGAAAGUGGCAAUGAAUACUGUUUGAGUAAACCCUGAUUGGAAAAGUGACGCUAUAAUUGUAGAGCAAGUACGCAGACGAAAUUCUCUGAGUACUAAUGACAUUUGAAACGUUAUCUUGCCCUUCAUUGAGUUAAUGUUAUCGAUGCGAUUGGCGUGGUUGUCUAGGUCGCCCGUUGAGAAGAACAUCGUUCACAUUAGAGUUUACAUUCAGUACGAGAUCUAGCUAGUGCUGUCAGAUUCUUUGCGUUUACCGCCGGCUGGUUACUUACCGCUCGUCCUGGGACGGCAGAGCGUUGGUUUGAAUACCUGCAAAAUUCGAUGACCUUACCAGGAUUAGAAUAUCAAAGAUCUUCUAUAGUGAAUCUCGCAUCCAAGGGAAUAUUUCGGAAUUGGACUUUGAUUUGAUCGUUUUUGAUUACCCGCUCUGGCAUAAUACAUUUAUAGAUGGGUAAAUCACAGUACGAAGAAAGGACGGGAGAUGUCCGCAACCAAAGUAGUUUAAUGUGGUGGAUUCUCUGCAGUUUCUUCGCACCGAUUUCGAUUCCUUAUAUUUGCUUCAAUAUAUGGGCUCGAUUUAAGGAAAGCCAACUAAAAAAUAGUUUGCCUUCAAAAGUGGUAUUGAUAACAGGCGCUAGUUCAGGACUGGGAGAAGCAUUAGCGCAUGUUUUCUAUCGUGCCGGAUGCAAGGUUGUACUGGCGGCACGGAGGGAAGAAGAGUUGAAUCGAGUUCGGAAGGAGCUUCUGGAAUUCCAUUCUACGGAACCUACACAUCCCCCAGUCAUUCUGCCCCUAGAUCUGUCGGAUCUCAAUUCUUUACCGAAAUGUGUCGAAAAAAUACUGAAAAUUCAUGGAUGUAUCGAUAUUUUAAUCAACAAUGGCGGAAUAAGUGUCCGUGCAGAUGCUGGUUCCACAGCUAUCGAUGUCGAUGUGAAAGUCAUGCUAGUGAAUUAUUUUGGAGCUGUAGCUCUGACCAAAGCUGUGCUGCCGUCAAUGUUGAAGCGUAAAAGUGGUCAAAUAGUAUUCAUUAGCAGUGUCCAAGGAAAAUUCGCAAUUCCCUAUAGAUCCGCUUACUCAGCGUCGAAACACGCCACACAAGCUUUUGCAGACUCUUUACGCGCCGAAGUAGCUGAGGAUGGAGUGAAAGUUUUAUGCGUAAGUCCAGGAUACAUCAAAACAUCAUUGUCGCUCAAUGCUCUUACCGGAAGUGGAGAUAAAUAUGGAGUGAUGGAUAAAACCACUGAAAGUGGUACAAGUCCUGAUAAAAUGGCAAGGAAUAUAUUACGUGCAGUUCUCCGUGAGGAGGAUGAUGUGGUUUUCGCUCAAACGUCGGCGAAGUUGGCUUACUGGUUACGUUUUCUAUGUCCGCCGUUGUAUUUUUGGAUAAUGCAGCGGAGAGCUCUUAAGUUGAAAGCUGCAAGCUGAUCGAUUACAACUGCCGAAUGUAGAACUAAGUAUUGUACGGGAUCUACUAUGAAUUUUGCAUAAUUUGUAUUUCACAUGAAAUUG